AUGAAUUCAUCGCAAAGUAUUUGCCGAUUGUGUCCAACACUGAGACCACACCUGACGGCCAGAACCACCCGAUUAUCACUGUAUCGGUCGUCACCGCAAAGACACGAAUUGAUUUUGGUUAAAAAUAGACCAUUUGUUGACACGAGAAGAGUCUUUAUUAAUAAUCGAUGUCUUCGGACGGGAGUUAACGGUAGAGAUUGGAGGCCAACACCCGAUGGCAAAGACGAAGAGGUGAUGACCAUUGAAAGGUCGGCGCCGGUCCUCAACAAGCAAUCGGUCAAUAGUAACAACGUUUUGGAUCUAAUGGCCAUCACUGGCCGCGAAGUGGACGACAGGGAUAUCGAUGCGUUGAGCGAAGACAUUGAUCCGGAAGUGUUGGACGAGAUGUCGCCGGCUUUGGGUCACAGUUUCAAUUUGGCCGCAUUUGCCGAGAAGUCAGCGACACUUCAAAUGCUCGUUAAACUGGGCGUCAAUUUGUCGCUAAUUGAGCGCAAAAGUCCACAAACGGCUCAAAAUAUAUUAAAACUGGACUUUGAGUCCGAUAUCAAGCCUUACGUGCAAUGGUUGGUGGACUCGGGUGUCCCGCCCUCUCAAUUGGGUCUAUUGCUGACCAAAAACCCCCGUCUAUUGAGUCAACACAUCGAUGACCUGAAUGUGAGACUCAAUUAUUUGCGAUCCAAACGAUUCACUCAACACAUGAUCGCAGAGAUUAUUAUAAAAGCGCCCAAAUUGUUGAAUAUUAGCACAAAAGGCAUUGACCACAACCUCGGCUUCAUUCAGAAGGAGUUCCACUUAACCGCCGAUGAA